AAACUAGUUUAUUUAUAUAUAUUCUACGAGUAAUAUUUAUCCCCAAAAAUCAAUUCAUACCCACUAUCCAGUUUCUCUCUCUAAUCAAAAUUUCCUAUUUAAAAAAAGGGAAAUGGCAAAGAGUUUAUUCAAGCAAGAGCAUGAUCUUGAAAAAAGGCGUGCAGAGGCUGCUAGGAUUAGAGAGAAAUAUCCUGAUAGAAUUCCAGUGAUUGUGGAGAAGGGGGAGAGGAGUGAUGUUCCCAACAUUGAUAAGAAAAAGUACCUUGUUCCAGCUGACUUGACCGUUGGUCAGUUUGUUUAUGUGAUACGUAAAAGAAUUAAGCUAAGUGCUGAGAAGGCUAUAUUUAUAUUUGUUGAUAAUGCUUUGCCACCAACAGGGGCAAUUAUGUCUGCCAUAUACGAAGAAAAGAAGGAUGAUGAUGGUUUCUUAUAUGUUACCUACAGCGGAGAGAACACCUUCGGAGAACAUUGACAUUUUCGUUCAUUUUAUGUUUUCCUGUGGUAUUUUCUUGCAUUUGAUUCGUCAAUCAAAAAGUAUAUUUCAUGGGAUCUUGUUCUUUUAUCAAGAUGUUAAUCGCAAUAAUACAACUGCAAUACUGUAUAUAGUUUUUAAUCUGGAGAUUGGUUUGUUGAUAAAUCAUUUUGCUUUUCGUUAAA